AUGCGAGGCUCCCAUCUCCUCCCCAAACAGCUUCGCUCCCUGGGCAAGACCGACAGCUGGUUAAACCGUACUGUCACUUCCAACCUCCUUGCUGUCUCCAACCUUGCCUGCCAACACCCAAUCCACACCGUUGUCGCCAUCGCGCUGUUCGCCAGCACCUCUUACGUCGGUUUGCUGCAAGAGAGCUUGUUUGACAGUGGUAUCAAAUCUUUGCAGCACAAUGGAAAAGUAGACGUGGAAGCACUGUUACAAGGAAGCAGGACGUUGGAGUUAUCUGAGAGAACAGCAUGGAAAUGGCAAUUCCCUGACGAUUCUAGCAUCCCCCUUGCGCCUUUGGGUUCACACCAUUAUGCCUUGACGACCUUCGUGUUCCCAGACUCUUCCUCCUCUCAGCUGGCUCCGGAAGCCAAUGCCGUUCCAGUCCCGGGAAAUGUCACGGCCACCAGUAUUCCUACCACGUCAAACUUGCUCUCACCUAUAUCGCACGACACUUCCCUGGCGUUUUAUACCUCCUUCUCGGAACUUCCUGAUUUCUUGCGGGCCGUUCAAAAGCUCCCUGCACAACAUGAUUUGCCAGACGACCAAAGCCGUCCGUCCUGGACUAUGAAAGCUGUUCGCUUGAAUGGAAAUGGUCCACGUGGUGCCUACCGCACCUGGUUGAGUGAAGGGUGGACCUCCUUUGUCGAUCUGCUGAAACACGCCGAAACAUUGGACAUUGUCAUCAUGUCGCUCGGUUAUUUGUCCAUGCACCUCACCUUUAUUUCCCUUUUUCUCUCCAUGAAACGACUGGGUUCAAAUGCCUGGUUGGCUGUUUCGGUCUUGUUUUCCAGCCUUUUCGCGUUCCUGUUCGGGUUGGUGACUACAACUAAGCUUGGAGUGCCAAUCAACAUGGUUCUAUUGUCGGAAGGUUUGCCCUUUCUGGUGGUGACAAUUGGGUUCGAGAAAUCCAUCAUUCUCACAAAGGCCGUUCUAUCUGCGUCUUAUGACAAGAACCGGCGAGGACUGGAAAACGGAUCAACGAAUGGCAGCGCCAGUGGCCCCGUGGCCGCCCCGGCCGCUCCGAAUUCCAUCCAGGAUGCCAUUCAGAUCGCUGUCAGGGAAACAGGGUUCGAGAUUGUUCGGGACUACGCCAUUGAAAUCGCAAUCCUCAUCUUGGGUGCGGCUUCUGGGAUUCAGGGUGGGCUCAGACAAUUCUGCUUCUUGGCUGCAUGGAUCUUGGUCUUUGACUGCCUUUUGCUUUUCACUUUCUAUACGACAAUCCUCUGCAUCAAGCUGGAGAUCAAUCGUAUCAAACGGCACGUUGCCCUUCGCAAAGCACUCGAGGAAGACGGAAUAAAUCAACGUGUCGCCGAAGACGUUGCGACAAACAAUGACUGGCCUAGUGGGCAGGCAAACCAAGCAGGAGCUUUCAACAUUUUCGGGCAGAAAAUCAAGGCCAGCAGUGUGCCCAAGUUUAAGAUCUGGAUGGUGACGGGGUUCGUCAUCAUCAACGUGAUCAACCUAUGCACAAUACCUUUCCGGACCGCCCGAAGCAUUAAAGCUCCCGGGGCUGCUAUCCCAAGCGUUCUGACACCAGCUCCUAUCGACCCUUUCAAAGUGGCGGAAAAUGGCUUGGACGCGAUAUAUGUGUUCGCAAAGAGUCAGAAGCUCGAUACCUACGUCACCAUUCUCCCACCCAUCAAAUAUGAGCUCGGGUAUCCUUCAAUUGAUCACGCUGGAUCAGGAGACGAUCUUGGGUUCUUCGAUUCCGAAUAUACGGAUCAGUUCCUUAACGUGGUCGGCGGGAGAGUGAUCGAGGGUGUCCUCAGCAGUCUCGAAGAUCCCGUGCUUAGCAAAUGGGUUUUGAUUGCGCUCACUCUCAGUCUGAUUCUGAACGGAUAUUUGUUCAACGCUGCCCGUUGGAGUCUCAAAGAACCGCAGUCUGCAUCAAGUUCACCUGCUGCAUCUAAACCGCCGCAACUGGAGCUUCCCUCGACACCCAAACCUCGAAAAGCCAGCCUUGAUGUCUCGCGGGAUUCGGGGAGGUCGCGAGCAGAGUGCGAGCAGAUGCUCAAGGACAAGAGAGCUGCCUUCCUUACGGAUGAAGAAUUGAUUGACUUGUCUCUGAGAGGCAAGAUCCCAGGCUAUGCCAUCGAGAAGACGCUGGAAAAUCCCGAGGUUAUGACCAGAGGCGAAGCUUUCGUUCGGGCAGUUAAGGUCCGCCGGGCAGUUGUGUCCAGGACACCGGCGACAAAGAACUUUGCGUCUGCGCUAGAGGCUUCGAAGACACCAUACCGUGACUACAACUACGAACUCGUCCACGGAGCAUGUUGUGAAAAUGUCAUUGGGUACUUGCCUCUUCCCUUGGGGGUUGCCGGUCCAUUGGUCAUUGAUGGUGAAAGCUACUUUCUGCCGAUGGCCACCACUGAAGGUGUGCUCGUGGCAAGCACCAGUCGUGGGUGUAAAGCCAUCAAUGCUGGUGGCGGCGCCGUCACCGUCGUCACUGGCGACGGGAUGACUCGAGGCCCAUGUGUUGGCUUCCCUACUUUGGCUAGAGCUGGUGAAGCCAAAGUGUGGCUUGACUCGGAAGACGGCCAGCGAAGAAUGCGUGAGGCAUUUAAUUCUACUAGUCGGUUUGCUCGAUUACAGUCGAUGAAGACGGCUUUGGCGGGAACAUAUCUCUACAUCAGGUUCAAGACGACUACUGGUGAUGCAAUGGGCAUGAAUAUGAUUUCAAAGGGCGUUGAGAAGGCUCUUUCAGUAAUGGCCACAGAGUGCGGGUUUGACGACAUGGCGACGAUAUCCGUCUCUGGGAAUUACUGCACCGACAAGAAACCCGCAGCGGUAAACUGGAUCGACGGAAGAGGUAAAUCUGUGGUCGCAGAGGCCAUCAUUCCGGGAGAUGUGGUACGCAGUGUUCUUAAGAGCGACGUGGAUGCGCUUGUGGAACUCAACGUGUCCAAGAAUCUCAUCGGCAGUGCAAUGGCGGGCAGUAUCGGCGGCUUCAAUGCUCACGCCUCUAACAUUGUGACCGCUAUGUUCCUGGCCACAGGUCAGGACCCGGCCCAAAAUGUUGAGAGUGCCAAUUGCAUCACUAUUAUGAAGAACCACAACGGAAAUCUCCAAAUCAGUGUAUCGAUGCCUUCGAUUGAAGUAGGCACGAUCGGAGGAGGUACCAUUCUUGAAGCACAGUCUUCCAUGCUUGAGAUGCUUGGAGUGCGAGGAGCUCAUCCGACAAAUCCGGGCGACAACGCCCGCAAAUUGGCCAGGAUAAUUGCAGCUGGGGUUCUCGCUGGAGAGCUCAGUCUCUGCAGCGCCCUCGCGGCGGGCCAUUUAGUCCGGGCACACAUGGCACACAACCGCAGCACAGCACCCACACGGGCAACGACGCCGGUGUCCGCUGCAGUUGAGCCUUUUUUGCGAGCCCAAAAUGGCCCAAGUAUACCGUCGUCCCUCAAAAUGACGAAUGGAAGGUGA